CAGGGCAGAGCCAUACCAAGUUCUAGACCACAAAAUCAAGACUCUCUCUCUCUCUCUCUCUCCACAGGGUUUUUUUCGUAGAAGUAUCCAGAAAAACAUGGUGUACACAUGUCACAGGGAAAAGAACUGUAUUAUCAACAAGGUGACUCGGAAUCGCUGUCAAUACUGCCGGCUACAGAAGUGCUUCGCUGUGGGGAUGUCUAAAGAAUCUGUCAGAAAUGACAGGAAUAAGAAGAAAAAGGAGAUUCCAAAGCAGGAGCUGGCUGAAAAUUGUGAGCUGACUGUGGAACUAGAGACCAUCAUUGAGAAGAUACGGAAAGCUCACCAAGAAACAUUUCCUUCACUCUGCCAGCUGGGCAAGUACACUACGGUAAGCCACUCACUUAUAAAAGAGUAUAUACACUGGCCCUGAAAAGUAUUUCUGCACUAAAGUCACAUCAGCAUCAAAAGAAAAAGAAAAAAAAAAACAUGCUGACUAGCUAGGUUUUGCUAGACUGCCACUAACCAUCAGUGUGUCCUGGAAAUUGGGUGCUUCAAGUCACAUAAAAGUGCAAAAAAAAAAAAAAAAAAAAAGAGAGAGAGAGAGACGUUUACAGGCAGGCCCGAAGCAUGGCAAUGAGACACAGUGUCUGAUUCCCCUUCUCAGAGAACCAAGGUUACAUACAUAACCCAAGACGUUCCCUUUCGAAUAGGAACUCUACACCUGCUGAUGCUUUGGGGAAAAAAUACCCACUCUGCCAUGAUGAGGUAAAUGUCUGCCACAUCAGCUGUGUCUAAGCACUAACACAAUGAGUAUAACCUAAUGACUCAAUGGACUUAACUAGUGAAGUCAAAAAAUGUCUCAAUCUCAGGCACAACUCAGACUCGAGACUGUUAGUGGCAAUAUUCCCUAUGGCCACUACCCAAGCUUCAAACCCUAUACAAGAAAAUCCCUGGCCAAAGUGCUGGCU